AUGGGCGACCUUGAUAACAACGAGGUUCGCCUCGACAAAGCAUUAGAAGGAUGUUGGGGUACAACCCAGAAAUCUCGCGCCGAUGCAAUGAGAGAUUUAAAAGUGUUAUUUGAUAAGGAUAACAGAGCAAAGCUUGACCACCUUUCCGACAAGGCAUACCGCAGAGUCUACGACGGUGUUUUCCACAUGGCAUCGGCCGAGCUAGCUGUGUACAAGAUCGCCAAAGUAAAGAACACCAGAAGUACAGCGGAGGCACGGCUUGAUGCCUGUGGCGACAUCAUACGAACAGUGGUUAAAACUGGCGCACACAAGCUCAAGAACAAUACCGUCAAGGACGUCGUGGCACACAUUAUCAAGACCCUUCUUAAGGAAGAGGGCGGUUACAAUGAACCGCUUGCCCAGAACUGCCUCAAGGCGUUGACUACAUUAUUUGAGUUUCAGCCUCGUGUGGAGCGGAUGGAAGCCGAUUUUUGGCUUCAUGUGGUCGACUUCUGUCUCAAAGGGCUGAACACAUACCUGGAUGAGCAUGAAGAGUCGCCUCGCAGUCAUUCGGGUACCGGAACGAGCCAUCCUUCCAGUUCGUUAGUCAAGUCUAGCCGUGUACGCGCUCACGAAGGCUCGCUGAAUAGACAAAACAUCGAGGAGCUGUUCCAGACUCUACACUUGCUCCUCUCCGCAUCCAAUUCACCGCUUGGCAACAGAUACUCCGAGGUCGGGGAAAGUACUAUUCGAAUAUUGAAAAUGCAAGGCUCUAGUGCAAGCCAACUUCACCAAGUCGCCUUUUCUACUCUCAAUAUCGUCCUGAGCCAUGUGCGAGAAGAACAAACCGUCUUCUGCCAAUCCGCUGCUCAAGAGAUACUCCCUGUUAUCUGUCGUUUAUGGCAAGGAAAGGCUUUGGCAAAAGACGAGCUCUUGAAUACUGUGAGGGAUGAGAUGCUGAUUCUCUUAUUCUCCGUCCAUCUUCACCUAGAACGAGCUAUUGGGGACGAGAAUAACUUGGAGCUACUACCAAUACUGGAGGAACUCUUAGAGGCGCUGAAAGGGGAUUAUGCGAAGCGAUCAGACCGUGAUCAGCUGCAACUAGAUGACUUAGACAUGGCAGAUUUUUGCGAGAGCCAGAACAGUUUAAGCACACCGUUUUGCAUGUACGGGUUCGGGCUGAAGCCUCACAACGUCAGAGCUGAACGUAACUGGGCCAUCCUCCGAAGUAUCGGGAUCAUUGAGCGACUUGUGGCUGUUGGCCAAGAGCGAGUCGGUUCCGCUGCAGGUGAGAGGAGCGACGACGUUGACAACCAUCCCCGGAAGCGGCAGCGCGUACCGGAUCGACUACUCGAGUUGCUCAGAGCAAGGGACGAGACUCUACGCUUAGCAGGCUUGCAGAUGAUCUCAUUCAUCCUCCAGGAUACCCAACUCUCGGCGUCUAGACUCUCAGAUCUGCUAACGCAGUUGCAAAUAUGUGCUGGUGACAAACGCGGGAAUAUCACUUCUUGGGCUUUUUGUACAGCCCAAACCUCUGUGAAGGAUAUCAGCUCAGUGGAGUGGAUGCAGCUCUGGCAGCUCGGCAUUCGGUCCCUGACUUUCUCGACCACGUGUCGCAGUGCAGCUCUCGAGCUUCAUGCAAUAAUCUCCAGAAAGUUGGUCCAGUACCAGGACAUUGGUGAGGACGUGGGAUCAAUUGUCACAUCCGCUGAUAUAAGUGGGCCAGUAGUGCUCUGUGACUCGAGCAUGUUCUUGAUGAUGGAUUUACUGCAUUCCAGAGUCACUGAAGUCCCCAGCGCAAGUCUUUCAACUGCACAGCAUGUCAUCAGAUGGCUCUUCGCCAGAUGGAACCCAGAUGAGGGAAAUUUCGCUGCUCGUUACUCCAUCAAUGUCCAGCCGCAGCAUAUCGUGGCUUUGAUUCGAACAUGUCUCGGUCUAUUUAGGGUGAGUUUACCCUCCAUCGCAACAAUGCCUUGCGGUCCACUUGCAUUGGCAUGGCGACAACACGUCAACAGCCAGCAAACCCUCCGAUAUCUGUUGCUCCUGGAUAAAUUUCCGGGCUAUGAUGCAGAGUGGUCAUGCCCAUCAUGCCCGGCUUAUUCGGACCCUGGCAGUAUCACCUAUGUCACCAGCAGCGCCCACUUCCAAGCUGCCCGCAAGCUAGUUCUCGAGCUUCUGCAACCAAAAUGCCGCGGUAUUCUACAGAGUUGGAAGUCCUAUCUGGCCGAUCAAUGCUCGCUGGUAUCUGCAGAUAUGUUUCGUAAUGCAACCAAUAGUUGCAUUACAAUAUUGCUUCUGAUGUCCCACUUCAUUGGCCCGACUCUCCCGCAGCCGCAGCUGUAUAGCCUGGAAGCGGAUGGGCGAGAAUUUACCAAGGAGAUUGCAGGUUUCCUUUUUGGGGCAUUUACGAGAGAUCCGAAAGGAGCUCAAUGUCUCAAUGAGGCAUUGCUCCAGUCGGUCCAGCCUUAUUUACCUCCCUGCGGAUCCAACGAAUUUCGUCAAUUGUCGGAAAAAGACCCCUAUCUUCUCGGAUUCUUCAUUUCCGUUGCGGUCACGGUAAAGAAGCUCCACGUUUAUACUGACGGUAAAUCUCUGGAGUCUGAUGUCGACAUGAUGGAUGAUAACGAUGAUUUCAUAAUCAGAGAGGCCCACUCCAACGCAGAUAAACAAAGAGAAGAUAUGCCCAGAAAGAUCGAUUGCCUUGAAACCUGGACCAGCUCCUUCUAUCUUGCGGUUACAGGCCACUUGUUAAUGAUAGCUGCGAUAGACGAUACACCAUGCUCCGUAGGUGUCGUAACUUCUUUUGUUGACCAUCUCGAUUCUCUUGAUACGCAGCAAUUUCUAGCGAGCCGGCGCCUCUUAAAGCAUGUCAUUGAAUCAGACCUAACACUAGAUGAAAGUGUUGCGACUCGAAUACUUGAGCGUAUCGCGCUAAUCCUGCAGGAAAAAGACUAUCUGCAGUGUGAAGUCGCUAUGAAAAUGUGCCUAGAAACUCUCGUUGGCCUCGGAUCUUUUUGGUCCGCUGAGGAAGAGAAUGAUACAGCGGAUGCGGCCUCCCAGCUGCACUGCUUUUUUAUCACUCAUGCUCAUGAGAAAGAUUUAUCUUCUCCGCAUGUCCAGAAAGGCAUAGCUGAGCUACUAUUGUACCUCAUGAGGUCCAAUUCGGACUAUGGGGCCUCAAGGGAUCUGCCGUCGCCCCGCUCGAGUCUUUUCAAAAUCCUCCAACACGGUACCAUAUCUGUCCAAUUCUACAUCGGGAACCACAUCUCCCAAAUAUUCCACAUGUUCAUACUCAAAGACCACGAUAGUGUCUUCCAGGAUAUUUCCGAGAAGUUGCCACAGAACGGGGAUCAACCUGAAGGUAUUUUCUUCCGCCUAUACGUAUUUGCAAAGCUGGCCUCUAGCUGGCCCACCUUACUUCGGCGCUGUAUCUAUUACAUCUUUGAGGCCGCUGGGUUGCUUCCAAGUUGUACCGAGCAUGCAAUGAGAUGUAUGACACAGGUUGCUUCUGCCCUGAAUGUCAACAGGCCUAAAGUACUGUUCACUCUGUUUAGGCCGCAGAUUCUCUACACAUGGCUUGACUACGAUAGAGAAAGGGAGAGCGUUAAAAAAAAGAUCGAGGAAAUCCCUUUUAGGAUUUUUGGAUUUACGAGUCUGGAAGAACUCGUCGAGGAGGCCCAAGAAGAAGCAAUGGCUAUACUAAUUAUGCGCGGCGAAGACAGGGCAGCACAAAGUCUGGCGGAAAGCAUCAACGUCGACUAUACCGAUCUGAUCAAGAAAUGCUUCACCAAAAUCAUAGCAUAUUGUGUUGCUCACGAUACCUCUUCGCCCAGUGGCUCGAAGGACUUGGUCACCGGGUACAAACGUAUGAAAAAUCAAUUAGGUGGAGAGGUUUUCCACGAGUGUCUCAAUCUUCAUUUUGUGGACAUCAUUGCUGUCUUUUUCAACAUCAUAGAAAGUGUUAUGUCUGCGGCAAAGCACUUCAUCAAAGAUCCAGCACUCGCUUAUGCUGGGAAUAUACUCGACCAGAUCAGAUCUUCGGACUCGACAAACCAAACCCUUCCGCCCACCCAGCAACCUCACUUCAAGGUGCGACAUCUGCAGGCUUGGAUUCAGUAUAUAUGCCCACGAGCAGGGCAUGACUUGAAACACCUAUAUACACCAGCUCUGAUUGUCUCAAUUGGGAGAAAGCUGCUUAACGGUAUUCACCCAGCGCUUGGCUCCCUCCAUGCAUGUACUGUGUUGAGGAAGCUCAGAGUCCUGAUCGCCCUGGCUGGCAAUGCUGCAAUCCAGGGGUAUCCUCUGGAAAUGCUCAUACAGUCCGUACGGCCGUUCAUUAUCGAUCCCGAGUGUGCAGAAGAUGCAUUUGGCAUCAUCAAAUACUUGAUGAUUAGUGGCUCCUCUGCCCUCGUCCAGAAUCCCGCUUUCGUUGCUGGUAUCUCGUUGGCUAUGCUGGGUUCGUUGCGCGAAAUUUGCGACUCUCAAAGAGCGAGCACAACGCAAGAAAGCCAGCAUCAAGAUACAAUCUCCAAAGCGCAACAGUUCCAUACCUGGGUCGGACAGUAUUUGGGAAAGUAUGAUUCGCCAGAAUUAGAGGGCCAGUCUGCGUCGGCUUUUAGAAAGCUUGUUGAGGCGGCAUUCACAACCGGUGUAGGCACUGCGGACAAAGAUUCGCUAGAGAGUGUGCUCCUGAUUCAAUUGCUCAACGACGAGCGAAAUGGCGGCAUUCUAUUGGAUCGACCGUCCAGAGAGCUUGCUCUGUCCAUGCUCAGUUCCGAGUUUCGAACCCCAGUGUCAUUUCGCAACGAUAUUUUAGGACAAGAUGGUCAUUCUAUCGACUAUGCUGCCGUAGUCUGGAGGUCUUGCAGAGGUUCAACGAAUAAUGCGUAUUUGUCUUGGGCAGCGAGAGUUCUGGGCAGAGCUUUUGCUGCAUCUGGACUGGUACACGAGGACCUUCUGCAGGAAUCUACCUUGGCCCAGAUCACAGAACUUGCGACGCACACAGAUGAAUUUGGAUCUUCCAUUUCCUGCGUACUGAACCUACUGAAAGAGUUGACACUAGCAUCAGCUACUGAAAACGCCGGCUUGGCUGAGACUGCACUGCGAGUUAUUUUGUCAAAAACCGACGACACCACCUAUCAAAAAGUCCUCCCGUCUUCUCUUAUUGAAGCGUCUUUUUGGAACCUAUACCAGAUCCCACCAUCCGAAGUCGGCAGUCUCAAAUUAGGCCAAAUACCGCUAAGCCAAGUUCUGGAAACGGAAGCCAUCUUUGAUGACAAAUGGCUUCGGAAUCUGUCUGUAGCAAUUGCUCAAUCUGUUCCAAAGGAGCCUCAUCUGAACGCACUGGUACCAAUUUUGCGCAUGGUUCCUGGAUUCCCCGAGCGUGCAUUUCCCUUCCUGGUCCAUCUGGCCAUUUCCGCGCCUGUACAUGAUCAGCAAGACAGGAGGAAGAAACUCUCCUCUGCAUUUGGUCGUUGGUUCGAUUGCAGUCAGGACAUCAAUAAGGAAAAUCUCAAGAUGCUCCUUAACGCUAUUCUGUACCUUCGAACACAGCACUUCCCCGGAGAGAAAUCCAUGGCGGACCGAUCGCGUUGGCUUGAUGUCAAUUUUCUCAAGGCUGCUAAAGCUGCUUCACGUUGUGGAAUGUAUAAAACAUCUCUGCUCUUCACAGAGGAGUUCUGUUCUGUACCUUCCCAGCCCUCACGGCGGUCUUCCACCAACAGAAGCAGCCUGGAGAACGUCGAGCUGCCGACGGAACUCCUGCUGAAUAUCUUCGAGAAUAUUGACGAUCCCGAUUCAUAUUACGGGGUUCAACAAAAAGCAAGUCUAAGUACCAUCCUGGCGCGAUUUGAACACGAGAAAGACGGGGCAAAGAGCCUAGCGUUCAGAGGCGCUCAAUACGACAGCCAUCUACGACGUCAAAAUCCCGGUACAGCUCAAGACGUACAAUCACUAGUCAAAGCUCUGGACAAUCUGAACCAGAGCGGUAUAUCCUCUUCGCUUUUGCAAAUGCAGCAAAAUGUUGGCAUGUCACCAGAAGUCCUUGAGUCGAUGUUUCGUACAGCUCGGAAACUAGAGCAGUGGGACAUACCCGUCCCAAGCACUGGAAGCAGCGAUUCAGUAACACUCUACAAAGCCUUUCAAGCGGUCCACAUGGCCUCAGAUGAUACAUCUAUACUGCUUGCUGUGAAUGAAGGACUAGAGAGCACUAUGAGGAAUCUGGUCCAGAAAGACUUGACCGCAACUGCGUUGCAUAGCUCACUACAGACAUUGGCCGCACUGGCUGAAAUGGACGAAGUCUUGACCUCUCGGGGCUCGUUGCAGUUCGAAGAGAUGCUUACGAGAUUUAAUGCUCGUUCUACGUGGAUGAAGACCGGAAGCUUCGACGACAUCAGCCAUAUAUUGUCCUGCAGAGGGACGACACUCAGCAUAUUAAAUCGCGAACCGCGCUUGCAACAAAUCAUGGCUCUCAAGCCUAUCGAUACCAGAAUCAUCGAGGUCAAAACUGCUUUGCUUGCCUCAACUGUCAAUCGUGCUCACGGUGCUCUCCAAGAGUCGUUAUCCCUGGCUACGUCUAUGUUGGACUUAAUCAAACCUUGCCAUGAUGUUGGUGUAAAUCCGGAAGUGGCGAUCCACUUAGAGGCUGCAAAUGCUCUGUGGGAUCAAGGUGAGAUGGCAUCAUCUAUCGGCAUGCUCCAGAGUCUGGACGACAAGCAAGCACUGGAAAAGCAGACAAUUGCCAUCACUAGGCCCGAGCUCUUGACCAAAAUUGGAUACCAGAUCUCGGUCGCAAGACUGGAAAAGGCCGAGGCGGUGGUUGACAAAUAUUUUCAUCCGGCUCUGAAGGAAAUACAGGGAGGGAAGGGAGGCGAUGAGGCCGGACAGGUUUUCCAUCAAUUCGCAAAAUUCUGCGAUCAGCAGCUCGUCGACCCAGACGGCCUGGAGGACCUUGAUAGGCUCAAGAAGCUUACCAAGCACAAAGACGCUGAGGUCAAAGCAUGGUUAAAGAUAGUUGGAGAGAUGCCCAGCAACAUAUCAUCGAAGCAGAAGGAGUCUAACAGGCGCCAGCUAACAAAACACCAAAAUUGGUCAAAGCUUGACCAUGAAGAGCUGAAAAGCCACGAGAGAAACAGAAGCGUUUUCCUGAGGAGAUGUCUCGAAAACUACCUUCUAGCUCUCUCUGCAUGCGACGACCACGAUAGUAAUGCCUUGCGCUUCUGUGCACUGUGGAUGGAGCAUUCAGAGGAUGAGCUUGCGAAUGAUGCUGUUUCAAAAUACUUGAGCGACGUACCAAGCCGAAAAUUUGCACUCCUCAUGAACCAGCUCUCUUCUCGGCUACAAGAUUCGGACUCUGAGUUUCAGAAGCUUCUUUUCAGCCUUGUUCAGCAGAUUUGUAUCGAUCACCCAUUCCACGGAAUGUAUCAGAUCUACGCCGGAGUAAAAAGCAGACAUAAUACACAAGAUGAAUCUUCCGUCCUUAGAAGACAGGCAGCGGUAAAGCUGGCUAAUAAGCUUGCCAAAUCGAGCGUUGCAGAGAAAUGGGUGGCACUACAGACCUGUAACAGACUCUAUGCAAACGUGGCCAUUGAAACUGACGAGAAGUACAAGUCCGGGAGGAAGCUAUCCCUCAAGGACUCGGCAGCUGUAGCUCAUCUCAGUAACGGCUUGCUCAAGCUGAAGCUGCCUCCGUCGACAAUGCAAAUUCCUCUCGCGCCGAAUAAGGACUAUUCCAAUUUACCUCUGUUACUGAGAUUGGAACCCACUUUUUCGAUAGCUUCCGGUGUCAGUGCUCCGAAGAUCAUUACUGCUCUUACAACCAGUGGUGAGAAAUUCAAGCAGCUAGUAAAAGGAGGAAAUGAUGACCUGCGUCAAGAUGCCAUCAUGGAGCAGGUAUUUGCGCAAGUUAGCGAGCUUCUCAGAACCAACAAAUCCACUCGCCAAAGAAACUUGAAAAUCCGGACAUACGGCGUCCUCCCUAUCACCAAUACUGCUGGAGUUAUAGAGUUCGUACAAAACACUCAACCUCUUCACGACUUUUUAAUGCCCGCUCAUGAGAGGUAUCACCCCAAGGACAUGAAGGGCAGCGACUGCCGAGUUGGCAUUAGCCGAGUCCAACUUGAGUCGCCCGACGUUAGGGUCAGGAAGUAUCGCGAGAUUACGAACAAGUUUCGUCCGGCCAUGAGAUAUUUCUUCACGGAGAAGUUCACCAACCCCGACGAAUGGUUCUUGGCGAGACUGGCAUACACGAGAAGUACAGCUGCAAUCUCGAUCCUUGGCCAUGUCCUUGGUCUCGGUGAUAGACACGGUCACAAUAUCUUGCUGGAUGCGAAAAAUGGAGAGGUCGUACACAUCGAUCUCGGGGUUGCCUUUGAGACAGGUCGCGUUCUUCCAGUUCCAGAGCUGGUGCCUUUCCGACUUACUCGUGAUAUCGUCGAUGGGAUGGGAAUCACCAAGACCGAAGGUGUGUUCCGUCGGUGCUGCGAAUUUACUCUCGAGGCGCUGAGAAAGGAAAGCUACACCAUCAUGGCGAUCCUUGACGUGCUCAGAUACGAUCCUCUCUAUAGCUGGUCGGUAAGCCCGAUUCGUAUGGCGAAGAUACAAGAGGGACAGAGUGUUGCUUUGGCCGCCAAUAUUGCGAAUCCCGCAGAAAAAAAGGAUCGUGUCAGCGAGGCAGGGGAGGCUUCUAGAGCUUUGGCUGUAGUGGGCAAGAAGCUGUCCAAGACCUUGAGUGUCACGGCAACAGUAAACGAUCUCAUCAAUCAGGCCACCGACGAGAAAAACCUUGCAUUAUUGUUUUCAGGUUGGGCUGCAUACGCAUAA